GUUCUACCUGUAAUCUGAAAAAGAAUUUGAGGUCACCUUAUCAGUUUGUCCUUAUGACAAAACAACUACUUAAUGUUCUGAGAUAUAUUUCAACACCUCCCCCUAAUUCACAAACCGAGAUAUAUUUCGUGGGAAUUUAAGAAACAAUAGGAGCCACCAUUUAUUUCAUUGCAAAUUGCUGGGAAGACAUGGCAACACGAACUGUUGUGAUUGCGGUUGAUGGCAGUGAACGUGCUGAUGCUGCACUGAGUUGGUACUUGGAACACCUGCACAAGCCAGAGAAUGACGUAGUUCUUGCGCAUGCGCCACCGGAACCCUCAGCUGCCAUCACAUUUACUGGAAUGUACACUGCAGGACCCAUUCCUAUAGAUACUUGGAAACAGGUUGUUGAAGAGCACAAAGCUAGUGUCAAGAAGCUUCAGGAAAAAUACCAAGCUGCUUGUCAGGGUAAACUGGAAAAGGUAAAAUGGGUCGUCAAGGUUAGAAGAGACUCAGCAGGCGAGGAAAUAAUUAAGGUUGCGGAAGAAGAAAAGGCUGACAUGAUCGUGAUGGGGAGCAGGGGUCUUGGAACAAUCCGCCGUACUAUUUUAGGCUCUGUUAGUGACUAUGUUCUUCACCAUUCAAAAGUGCCAGUUAUAGUUUAUACAACACAUUAAUUAUUUGAAAUUAAUUAUGUAAAGAACAACAUUAUCAUGAUUGCCUUGAAAAUGUCUCUCUUGUAUAGUGUCAUCAAUAACCAAUCAGUUUAUCGAGACAUUAACUAAACUUAUAAUUUUAGCUGGUACAAAUAUAGAUUUCGCCGAAUAAACAUUUAAGUAAACUCGAAUUUAAACGUAAGCCUAAUUAUGUUGUUAGCCCUAUCGGCAAAAAUUAGUGUUACAUAACAUUGUGUAAUUUAUAAUAAAUUAUGUCAUUCAUUAUAUAAUAUAAUAAAAUAGCCAAC